AUGACGUAUCAUCGUUCGAGAUCUCAAACCCUUCCACCAUCGCCAUCAAUGACGAAGCUUCACUCCAAACUUGCGCGAAUUAUCUCUCGCCAAAAUCAACUCAAACUCUCAUUCAAUCACCUCAAAUCUCAGAUUAAAAUCGGUUUGCUCGAGGCUGAAGAUGUAUUUAGUUCGCUAGCUGUUCCAUUGAUGAAGCUUGUCGGUUUGAAAAGCGCAGAAAUGGCUGAAGAAGGAAGAUCAAGCACCAUUUUCAUGAAGAUCAGAUCACAAUCUCAGGGUAAAUGUGAAGACAUGAUUAGAGUGGACAGUCAUAUGUCAUUAUCAAGUGCCGAGAGGGAAUAUGAUAUUCAUAAGUUGGAGGAAGAUUACACAAAUAGCGCGAUCAUGGCAGGCAAAGAGCUCAUACAGAAACAAAAAUUGCAGCUCAUACAAUUAAUGCAGCUUCUCAAACAAGUCGAGAAUUGUGUUAACUCUAGCCAGAAAAGCAUGUUUCAGACCAUUGAUGACCACAGAGACUAUAUCCACACAAUUUUUCAAAAAGCUGUGACUUAUAAUAUAUCCAUCUUUCAACAGUCUAGCCAUGAUGGUAGUGCCUUGACCAUCACAAUUAAGCUCCUAAAAGCUAUAUAUGAUCGUGUCUCUGCAGUCCUCAACUCAGUUGAAGGCGGAGUGGACAAUCUCGUCAACAAAUUAACUGAGCAAAUGUGUAUGCCGAUGACUGAGUAUGUCAAAAGCUUUAAGGCUGAAAUGACUAUUGGCAUGUGUCCUCGGCUACUGGUCGCAUUGGAGGAUAUGAGAGAAGCGGCAAAAGAUGGAAGACUAGAAUUGGAACAAACAAGAAAAAAGGUUAGAGUAGCAGAAGAAAGGAAGAUUGAAGCUUUGAACAUGUUGAAAGAAUCAGAAGACAGAAUAAAAAAUAUGAAACAACACCUGGGUUUCUUCACUGAUGACAAAAAGGAGUCUGCUGGUCAUUAUACCAGGAACAAAUUAUUAGCACCACAGGAGGAUCAAACGAAAGACGACAAGUUACUAUGGGAACUACUGAAAAAGAAACGGACGUGCCAACGACCCGAGAGUCCAUUCGGACCAGACGAGCUUCUCCCAGUCGGAACCAGUACAAAACACCAAAAACCGACAAGGGGAAAGCCAUCUAUGGUGACUCAAAGAACCAUAACACGAUCCUACACGAAAAACAAAAUGCAUUCCUUGGAUGCGUUGCUCCCAUUGAAUUCAUCGCCUUCGGUAACAACAAAACGUUUGGCACGCAAACAUGUCGCUCGUUGAA